AUGUCGGUCUCUCCACCCCCGCGCGGCAGCGGUACAUCCGGCUACGUGCAACGCAAUUUCGCGCUCAUGAAGCCGCGUAACCGGGGCUACGGCGCGCCCUACCCACCCGUUUCAGGCGCCAACAACGCCGCCGAGAAACCAUUCAAGCAGCGUAUGCCGGAUAAGCAGAUCCUCGAGCAUGACCGACGGCGCGCGAUUGAAGUGAAGGUUAUGGAGGAGCGGGAGAGAUUGGAAGAGGAGAAUGAGCGGAUUGAGGAAGAGCAGGCGAAAUCUAAGUCUCAGUCUAAGGGGAAAGGGAAGGGGAAAGAGGCAGGCGAGGAUGAAGCUGAUAAGGGAGAGAAGGUGUUAUCCGAGGAAGAAAUUGAUGAGCGGUGCGAGGCGCUGCGGCAGCGUCUGAUUAAGGAACUGGAGGAGGAAGAGGCCGGAGGUGCUCGACGAGUCAAAAGAACUCUUCUGCCUAAGGAUCGACGACAGCUUAAAUCUUAUCAGGUGCACGAGCUGGCGGAGGCGAAGAUCGAGGAAAGUGAGCGGUUGCGCAAGGCGUUGGGCAUUCAGGAGGAUCGGCAGACUGGGGAGCUUAGUGGUGGGCGACGGCCAUACGAGGAUAGGGGUCGGAGGAGGGAUUAUUAG